AUGACGGAUCCUCACCACUUUGAGUCGCAGGAUGAAGAGUCCGUAAGCGAGAGCUUCAAGGGCCUCAAGGUCGACGACAAGGGCGCCAUUACCUAUCAUGGCUCAACGAGCUUCUUCCAGCUGCCGAGUGAUAGGCCAUCCGGCUCCAGGGACCAGCAUUCGACAUCUGAUCAGGCUAUGCAGAGGCGUGAGAGGCUUGUGGCCAACGCCUGGCAGCAGAGGGCGCUCGAGAACAUGUCCGAUAUACCGGUAUGGUUCUUCCCUCUAAACCCUGGCCAACUGCAUGCCGUGACAUGUGACAUGCAGACAUUAGGGCCAUACUACUCCCACACCCUCAUGAACGCAGUCCUCUCCCACUCCAUCCGCUGGGGGCGAAGCGACCCGGCCACAAAAGAUAAACUCGAAGAGUUCUACGAUGGCGGCGCCCUCUUCGGCAAGCACGCGCGCAGCAUGGUCUUUGAGGAGCUCAGCCAGGGCGUCUGCUCCAUCCCCACCGUCCAGACCCUCCUGCUCCUCAGCGCGCAGGAGUGCAGCGUAGGCAAUAGCGCCCAGGCCUGGACGUACAGCGGCCUCGCAUUCCGCAUCAUCGACCACCUCGGCAUAUGCGUCGACGGGCAGCGGUACCCCGGUUCCGUGCAGCUCGCGGACGAGGACGUCGAGAUCCGCCACCGGCUUUUUUGGAGUUGCUAUUUUUGGGACAAGAUGAUUAGUCUGUAUCUCGGGCGCUCGCCUUCGUUGCAGCAGACGUCUGUGUCGCCGCCGCAGAUUAUGUUUGACGACUCGGCCGAGAAUGAGUCGUGGACGCCCUUUGGCGUCGUACCGGAAGGCGGCUGGAAGUAUCCCCCCGCGGCGGCGCACUCCACCUCGUGCUUCAUGCAAAUGUGCCGUCUCUCGAUAACUUUCAACGAGAUCCUCGUCCACAUGUACGACCCCGUGCGGCCCAACAGCCAGGCUGAGAUGCAGGACUGUCUCGCCAAGCAAGAAGUUGCUCUGCGGCAGUGGUGGGAUGAGCUGCCUCCGCACCUAAAGAUCGAACCUACGGCUCUCCCAGCCCUGGCGCCGCCGUCGCAUAUCAUAACGUUGAACGUGCUCUACCGCACCUUCAAGAUCCUCCUAUACCGACCCAUGCUGUCACAGCGAGGAAGGGUAGGCGAUAACUUGCAACCGGUGCAGCGGUACCUCGGCGAGUGCGUGACCUCGGCUACGGGCAUCAUCGCCAUCUUUGACCUCUUCUGCCGCUCCUUCGGCAUCAGCCACUGCGUGCUCUCCCUUUCGUAUAGCGUGUACAUUGCGGCGUCCAUCUUCCUCCUCCAGGUGCAGUCCAGCGUCGAGGACACGCAAGCGCUGCGCAGGCUGGAGUAUUGCGUCCGUAUCCUGGCGUCCGUGAAGCGUAUCAACCCAGUCAUCAGCAGCGCCCUCAACCUCAUCACCCGCGAGCUCGUCGGCCUAGGCAUCGACAUCGGCGCCCUCGGCCUACCUAAGACGGCCGCGACGCCGCCCAUGGCAACAUACGGCAUCCCGCAGCAGAGCCGCCACGGCGCCGGCGCCGGCGCCGAGAACAACAUGCCCCCGGCGUCUGUACCGCCCGGCCCGGAGGCCACCAGCUCCCCCGAGCAAAUUUACAACUUCCCCUUUGUCGACACACUCGGCCCCGAGGCCUUUGCCAUUGAUCCGCAGGUCUUCCAGACCAUGUCUUCUAUAGAACCGUUGAGCGUCAGAGUCGGCGCGAUAGAUGAGUAG